CAUCAAUCAGGAUUUCUUUCUCAUUUAUGUAUUCUCGGAAGAAAAGAAGAAAAAGAAAAAAAUUUGUUUCAUUUUCUUGUUGCUUCCUUCUCCCCUGUCAAACAUUUGCGGUUCCUGCUGCUGCUGAGUUGGGGUAUACAGGCAGAGAGAGAUGUCGAAAAUGAUAGCUUUUCAUAUGUGUACAGUUCCAGGCAUAGUCGGUUCAAAUAAAGGAGGAUUAUUUUAUGAACAUUUAGAAGACUUCACGAGUUUUGGUCCUCUACCAAGUAUUUGCUUGCAAAUUAGUAUACUUUCUUUUGUACCCCAUCUCAUGCAUAUGACAUUGUCACGGUUCCAUCAACCCUUGCUUGUUUCUCAAAUACUGGGAGGGAUACUUGCUAGUCCAUGGGUUCUCAGCUCUCUCUCGAUAAAAGUGUCAUCUCACAUGUCCGUCGGAAUUAAUUAUUUCUUAUUCCCUCUAAAUGGAUUUCAAGUAGUAGACAUGCUUGCUCAUUUCAGUUCCAUGUUUUUUAUAUUUAAAGUUGGAGUUCAAAUGGAUCCGAAAAUAUUAAAGAGAGCUGGGCGGCGACCAUACAUCAUCGGAUUCUUUUGUAUGCUUUGCUCUUAUGUAUUCGGACUUCAAAUUUCCCAUAGACUCCCAAAGAAUGAUAUACUGGCUCUAAAGUUACUUCAUAAGAGCUCUGAUAGAGUCGUAGAUCUAUUCGGAAGUAUUUCCUUCCCUGUUAUCGCCUAUGUACUCGAUGAUCUUAAACUUCUUAACUCCGACCUUGGUAUUUCAGCGAUUCAUAUAUCAAUGGUUGCUGAUUUUCUUCAUAUGGCUUUAAAAUUCUUCAGCUUUUUGCGCCAAAUAAUGAGAGGUGCAAACCAUUCAUAUGCACUACCUGCAGUGUUAAUUUUAUUGGGGACGGUGAUUUAUAUAUUUUUUAUUAUGCGGCCGGCAGCGUCAUGGAUUGUAAAGAAUACACCUGAAGGGAGACCUGUAGAUGACAUUUACAUUACCUUGAUAAUGAUUUCAGUUCUUCUGUGUGGAUUAGCUAGUGAAUAUUGUGGAUUGAAUGGUACAGUUGGGGUUUUCUUACUAGGUUUGGCUAUACCUGAUGGGCCACCUUUAGGAUCAGCUUUAGUUCAGAAGCUACGCAUUGUUUCUGUAUUUUUCAUGCCUCUUCAUAUGGGUAUCGUUGGAUAUAAAACGAACAUUCACUUAGUUACUUUCGGAUAUUUUUGGCGUGUUUUACUGGUCAUCCUCGGUUGUAUCAUUGGAAAGAUUAUAGGCCUUUUUAUCCCAGCUGUGCUUUUUGGAGUCUCACCGCGAGAUAGUAUCUUGCUUGGACUCACAAUGAACUUGAAAGGAAUUGUCGAGGUUUCUCAACUUAACACCUGGUUAGAUUCAGUAAAUACCAAAGAAAUUUUUAGUGCAUCAAAUACAAUCAUGGUUCUCGCACUUGUAGUGCUAGUAGCUGUUAUUACACCGGCGGUGAAAUACUUGUAUGACCCUUCAUCGAAAUACUCAACCUACAAGGGAAAGUCAAUUUUGCAGUCGAAUGAAAACAACUCAGAUUUUCGAGUACUUGUAUGUGUUCAUACCCAAGAUGAUGUUCCAGGCAUUAUCAGAAUUAUUGAAGCCUCCAAUCCUACCAAACUCCACCCACUCACCAUUUAUCUCCUCCAUCUCGUUGAGCUUGUCGGUCGUGCUUCUCCUCUCCUUAUAUCUCACUCUUUGAAGGAGCGUGCUUCCACAUCAAACCCUACCAAAUCGGAAAGGAUAAUCAAUGUUUUCCAACAAUUCCAAAAACAAAACCAAAACCUUGUUAGCGUUCAUCCCUUCACCACUAUCUCUCCGUAUGCUUCAAUGCACAACGAUAUAUGCACCAUGUCAGUCGACAAGAGGGCUGCGCUCGUUAUCUUCCCUUUCUGCAGGCAAGACUCAAUAAGCCUGAGGGAUGAUCUGGCCAGACCAAUUGAUUCCGAUCGUGCAAUCAAAACCCUUCUUCAAAAUCUGUUGCGGAACACCCCAUGCUCAGUCGGGAUCUUAGUGGAUGGUAGUAAUCUCCAAACAAAAUCUACUUGCUUCUUUCCCGACACGCCUUACCGCGUGGUUGUACUCUUUUUUGGUGGCCCGGAUGAUCGAGAAGCAUUGGCUUUUGCAAUGAAUAUGAUUCAUCAUCCGUACGUUUUUGUUACUCUUGUUAGGUUUUAUGGUCCUGCAAGUCUAUCAUCUGAAGGAGUUAGUGACUAUCACAAUGAAUCGGUUAGAAUUGAUAUUGGGAGGAACAUGUUUCUUGAUGAUGAAUUAGUAGACCAUUUCAGGGUUAACACCAUGCAUGAUGAAACGUUGAUUUACAAAGAAGUAGAGGUAAAAGAUGGUGCAGAAACGAUAUGGGCAGUCCGGUCACUUAACCAAGAUUUUGAUCUUAUGCUCGUAGGAAGACAACAAAUAUCCGAUUCAAAAAUAAUUUCAGGAUUAAAUGAAAAUUGGGAUGAAUGUGGAGAGCUAGGAUCUAUCGGAGACUUGGUAACAUCUCCUGAUUAUGGUGCUGAGGGCUCAAUCUUAAUAAUUCACCGAAGACGAGAUAUUACUUAAUCAUGGGAACAUAAUGGUACACACUUACUGAUCUCAAAUUUUCAGAUUCAUGUACACCGUAUUACACGACAUUCUACAUAUUCGAAUGUUCCACAUAACAUGGUACGCACGCCAUACUGGCACUUUUGUAGGUCAGAAGAAGACAAAUUUGAAUUGAAUUUGUAGAUACGACAUAUGCCAUCACUUAUGUUGAAUGAGUUAGGAGGACCAAACAACGCGAAGAGAAGCUCACAUCAAGCGCAUAGACAUUCGCUACUAAGGUACGCGAUGACAUCAUGACAACAGUGCAAAGAUAAGGUUCACGUGUUAAGUGUGAUACUAUGUGCAAAAGAAAGGUUGACUUUUUUUUUCUAUAGGAGCGAAACUGAUAGUUUCGCAUGGAGGUGGCCGAGGUUAUAGGAGGAAAAAAGAGAUGUAUUAGUGGUGAUCCACUAUAUAAUAUUAUAUGUCAUCCGUUAUGUAAAUAUCCAUAUAAGAGACAGGAGAGUAUUAAAAAAAAGUUUAGAUCUUUCUAGUCUAGUCAGGUAUUGUUUUGGAGGAAAAUUGUCUGAACUCUAAAACUAGGGUUUACAUAACUUCCAUUGCAAUUUUAUUAUCUUCCUAAUAAUACCUGAAGUUUAUGCUUGUCGUGUUGUGAUUCAUUUACUAAAUAUGAUGAGGUUAUAGUUGUAUAUUUUGCUAUAACUACAUUUUAGCGUAUAAAAGUAGCUCGGAGGAGUAAGAGGAUUUAUCCUCAGCUGUUGAGUUGUUUUAAAAAAUGACUUGAGUUCAUCAUUUUCAUUGUUUUGUGUUUCAAAAGCUUUCUCUUAUCCUACUUUUAUUUUUGUGUAA